AUGGUAUCCGUGCGCAUCUGUAGCAUGAUCUGUGUAUCAGCAACAGCUGCCGAUCCUUGCGAUAAGCUGAUAAAUGAAGUCAAGAAAGCUGUAUCCGACGUUGAUAGAACCAAUGGAACUCUUCUGGGAACACUAAGUAAUGGCACACAUGUUUUUGAGAAGGAGGCUGAGGCGCUGCAAGGAUGGCUUGGUGGAGCAGGACAACUGGGGCAAGAUUUUACAACUGGUUUUAAUGCUAUGCUACAAGCUGGAAAACGGCAAUUACUAUUACGUUUUCGCAUCUAUUUUGAUGAAAAGACAAUAAAAGGUUGGUCAUUAUUACUCGCUCCAGAUUUCUGCAUUUCACGAGAGAGAACGCUAGCAUCAGUGAUAUUGAUCAAUACUAAGGCCAAAAAGUGGUUUGAAUAUGCCGCAAAUUUGCGUGGUCGCAAGGUAAGCCAGCUACUAAAAUAUCAGUUAAUCGCCAUGUAACUUUAAUACUAGUACAAUUUCACACAUUAUCGCGAUGUAUCGUCAAUUCUGAGCUAAAAUAUCCGCAAAUCAAAUCGAUUCAGAGGGCAACUAUAGAAACACUGCAAACUAUUCUCGAAUUUACAUUAAGUAUUGAAUAAACAAUUGAUUGUCUGAAUGUCCCAAAUUGUACCAAUGAAUGUACAAAACAGAUUAAUAUUCAGACCAUUUUCGGUUUAGUGUGGGUGAAUUAGCUUGAAAUUUUCAUUACACGACGAAGCCUGGGCGAUGAGAUCGAAAAGGCGUCAUCAUAGAAUUGUAGAUGUAGAGGGGCUUUCGAUCAGGUCUGGCCCGUAACAAUCCUAAAUGCAUAGAUGCUUUUAUAAGAAUAUUUGAUCUUUACUGCUUAUACUGCAAGCAUGAGAUCUAUGAAAAAUAAGCAUGAAUUGAAAAAUAUACUAUAUUUACCUUCUCAGCUUUUCCAUAUGGGGAACGCUAUGUUUUUAUUAACUGUCUCUAUAUGGUUUCACAGUUAUUUGUUUAUAUCAUCUUUAUACACCAGACAUAGGAAAAUGCUUAAAAUACUUUAUUAUUAGAAAAAUAAAAAAUAUGAAAUCUAACAAAACGUAGUUAUCCGAUUGAACUACGAUUACUUUGUAUUGCGUUUCGCUCCAGUAAAACUAAUCGGUUGAGUAAGACAGCUAUACCAACCACAUUUUGUUUUCACGUAAAUUUUGUAUUUUAUUAAAAUAUUAAUCAACUGGACUGGCACAUCGAUCGGUAACAAGUGUCAGGUCUUCUGAGCGACGAGGUCUCUCAGUGGAAUUAAUCAAAUUUACUAGUAACAUUGAUGGCAGUGUGUUAUCCAGCUGACAAGAACAAGCACACUUACACAACUGUAAAAUUGUCUGUGUUCGUAUCGCACCAAUACUAUCUGAUGUUGUCGUUUGAAUAGCAUAUGUCACGGUCUGUAAGGAAACACAAAAGAGAUCAUGUUUGAAAAUGUUAACAGCAUCAUCAGGUUGCAUCUACAGACAGUCUAGUCCAUAAGACAAAAUAGUUUAGAGAUUAGUAUUUCAGCAAGGGAAAGUCAAGAUUUUCUUAUUUUAUCAAAAAUGAUCGGGAGUAUCGUUGCUUUCUGGAUGGUUAUUCUCGUUCGCUGGGCGUAAAAAGUGAUAAAUUCGAUAUGUGAAUAGAUAUUCCCCCUAAAAAUCCUAGGUCAAAAGUAUCAGACGCCUGUAAGUUGAUUCUGAAGUGAAUCAGUUUUCUGCUAAUUUUGCGAACUCUUAAGACACUUAAUUUUUUUAAGAGUGUUACAAAAGAACUUGUGUCCCAUAUAGGGAACUCCCAUAACAAAGAACUCGAUGUCAGUUCUCAAGAUAAUAAAAAACUCUGUUUUGAAAAUCUUCAACAAACUCAUUUAAGUUCCCUAUAUGGGACAAGUAAAAGCUCAUUCUAAGUUCUCCAAAGUCUGUAAACACUGCAUAUUUCUAACUUUUUCUGGCUAAAAAUGAAAUUUCAGUUUUGGAUAGCUGAUUUUAAUUAAGAUUAGAUAGAAGAUUAAAUCAUCCUUUUACGUCUUAAAAUGACCUUGUUAAAGUGUGAUUAAUUUUGUAUUCUACAAGGAGUGCAUACAUGGCAUCACCAAACAUCGAUUUACCGACUAUUUUGUAUAAACAAGAGUAUUUCAAAUUUGCUUCACUGGUGUAAAAGGAUUUUUAAAAGCUCAACUUUUUAACUGAAAACCUGUACACAACAAGUCUCGAAGCAAAACUUUUGAGUGACUUACAGUUGUAGUUGCCAUGGUGGUUGUCCUACUUGUUACAAUGAUUGUGGUAGUUGUCGUGAUAGGGGUGGCUAAAAUUGUCAUGUCGCUUUAAAACUGAAGCUUUUAGUAUUUCCUUGAGACAAUUUGAAGAUCGUGCACUUUUUGGGUGUAAAUCAACAAAAAAUCGUAACAAAUUACACGUUUCAUAAAAACGCUAACUGUCUCAACGAAUUUAUUUGGUCAAAUAUUUUUAUGGAAAACAGAGGAACUUUUCCGUACACUGCCUAUAAAAUUCUACUUGAAUUAGCUAUCAAGUGUAGGGGGGGGGGGGGGGGGGGGGGGGGGGGGGGGGGGGGGGGGGGGGGGGGGGGGGGGGGGGGGGGGGGGGGGGGGGGGG